AUGGCUCUGUUGGUACCGUCCAUCCCCGCUCGCUCAAUCUUAGGAACCUCGCCCCAGUCCGUCCAGUACAUGUACCUGCAGACAGAGGAACAUAUUGGCUGCUCAACCAACCCCAGCAGGACCCCAGGCAGCUCAACCAACCACAGUAGGACCCCACCAGGCAGCUCAACCAACCCCAGCAGGACCCCACCAGGCAGCUCAACCAACCCCAGUAGGACCCCAGGCAGCUUAACCAACCACAGUAGGACCCAAGGCAGCUCAACCAACCCCAGUAGGACCCCAGGCAGCUCAACCAACCACAGUAGGACCCCACCAGGCAGCUCAACCAACCCCAGCAGGACCCCACCAGGCAGCUCAACCAACCCCAGCAGGACCCCACCAGGCAGCUCAACCAACCCCAGCAGGACCCCACCAGGCAGCUCAACCAACCCCAGCAGGACCCCACCAGGCAGCUCAACCAACCACAGUAGGACCCCAGGCAGCUCAACCAACCCCAGUACGACCCCAGGCUGCUCAACCAACCCCAGUAGGACCCCAGGCAGCUCAACCAACCCCAGUAGGACCCCAACAGGCAGCUCAACCAACCCCAGUAGGACCCCAGGCAGCUCAACCAACCCCAGUAGGACCCCACCAGGCAGCUCAACCAACCACAGUAGGACCCCACCAGGCAGCUCAACCAACCCCAGUAGGACCCCAGGCAGCUCAACCAACCACAGUAGGACCCCAGGCAGCUCAACCAACCCCAGUAGGACCCCAACAGGCAGCUCAACCAACCACAGACCCCAGGCUGCUCAACCAACCCCAGUAGGACCCCAGGCUGCUCAACCAACCCCAGUAGGACCCCAGGCUGCUCAACCAACCCCAGUAGGACCCCAGGCUGCUCAACCAAGCCCCAGAGUAGGACCCCAGGCUGCUCAACCAACCCCAGUAGGACCCCAGGCUGCUCAACCAACCCCAGUAGGACCCCAGGCUGCUCAACCAACCCCAGUAGGACCCCAGGCUGCUCAACCAACCCCAGUAGGACCCCAGGCUGCUCAACCAACCCCAGUAGGACCCCAGGCUGCUCAACCAACCCCAGUAGGACCCCAGGCUGCUCAACCAACCCCAGUAGGACCCCAGGCUGCUCAACCAACCCCAGUAGGACCCCAGGCUGCUCAACCAACCCCAGUAGGACCCCAGGCUGCUCAACCAACCCCAGUAGGACCCCAGGCUGCUCAACCAACCCCAGUAGGACCCCAACAGGCAGCUCAACCAACCCCAGUAGGACCCCAGGCUGCUCAACCAACCCCAGUAGGACCCCAGGCUGCUCAACCAACCCCAGUAGGACCCCAGGCUGCUCAACCAACCCCAGUAGGACCCCAGGCUGCUCAACCAACCCCAGUAGGACCCCAGGCUGCUCAACCAACCCCAGUAGGACCCCAGGCUGCUCAACCAACCCCAGUAGGACCCCAGGCUGCUCAACCAACCCCAGUAGGACCCCAGGCUGCUCAACCAACCCCAGUAGGACCCCAGGCUGCUCAACCAACCCCAGUAGGACCCCAGGCAGCUCAACCAACCACAGUAGGACCCCAGGCAGCUCAACCAACCCCAGUAGGACCCCAACAGGCAGCUCAACCAACCACAGUAGGACCCCAGGCUGCUCAACCAACCACAGUAGGACCCUACCAGGCAGCUCAACCAACCCCAGGCAGCUCAACCAACCCCAGUAGGACCCCAGGCUCCUCAACCAACCCCAGUAGGACCCCAGGCAGCUCAACCAACCCCAGUAGGACCCCAGGCUGCUCAACCAACCCCAGUAGGACCCCAGGCUGCUCAACCAACCCCAGGCUGCUCAACCAACCCCAGGCUGCUCAACCAACCCCAUUAGGACCCCAGGCUGCUCAACCAACCCCAGACAGAACAACCAACCCCAGUAGGACCCCAGGCUGCUCAACCAACCCCAGUAGGACCCCAGGCUGCUCAACCAACCCCAGGCUGCUCAACCAACCCCAGGCUGCUCAACCAACCCCAUUAGGACCCCAGGCUUGCUCAACCAACCCCAGACAGAACAACCAACCCCAGUAG